AUGAGGAACGGGUUGCUCAAGGUCGCCGCCCUUGCGGCCGCUUCGGUCGUCAAUGGCGAGAACCUGGCUUAUUCACCUCCCUUCUACCCUUCGCCGUGGGCCAAUGGACAGGGCGACUGGGCAGAGGCCUACGAGAAGGCCGUCAAGUUUGUCUCCCAACUCACGCUGGCCGAAAAGGUCAACCUGACCACCGGAACUGGUUGGGAGCAGGACCGAUGCGUCGGCCAAGUGGGUAGCAUCCCAAGAUUGGGCUUCCCAGGACUUUGCAUGCAGGACUCUCCGCUGGGUGUUCGAGACACUGACUACAACUCGGCCUUCCCGGCGGGUGUCAAUGUCGCUGCUACCUGGAACAGGGACCUCGCCUACCGUCGCGGCCAAGCGAUGGGCGAGGAGCAUCGCGGAAAAGGUGUCGACGUUCAGCUGGGCCCUGUGGCCGGCCCGCUGGGCAGGUCUCCCGAUGCUGGCAGAAACUGGGAAGGUUUCGCCCCGGAUCCCGUGCUGACCGGAAACAUGAUGGCGUCCACCAUCCAGGGUAUUCAAGAUGCUGGUGUCAUUGCUUGCGCCAAGCAUUUCAUCCUCUACGAGCAGGAGCAUUUCCGUCAGGGCGCUCAAGAUGGCUACGAUAUCUCCGACAGUAUCAGUGCCAACGCCGAUGACAAGACUAUGCACGAGUUGUACUUGUGGCCUUUUGCCGAUGCUGUUCGCGCUGGCGUUGGUUCAAUCAUGUGCUCCUACAACCAGGUGAACAACAGCUACGCCUGCUCCAACAGCUACACCAUGAACAAGCUGCUCAAGAGCGAAUUGGGCUUCCAAGGCUUCGUCAUGACCGACUGGGGUGGCCACCACAGUGGUGUGGGUUCCGCUCUCGCUGGUUUGGACAUGUCGAUGCCCGGAGACAUUGCCUUCGACAGUGGCACCUCCUUCUGGGGCACUAACCUCACGGUUGCCGUGCUCAAUGGAAGUGUUCCUGAGUGGCGUGUUGAUGACAUGGCUGUCCGUAUCAUGUCCGCUUAUUACAAGGUCGGCCGCGACCGCUACAGCGUCCCCAUCAACUUUGACUCGUGGACCCUGGAUACCUAUGGUCCCGAGCACUAUGCGGUGGGCCAGGGCAACACCAAGAUCAACGAGCACGUUGAUGUUCGCGGCAACCAUGCAGAAAUCAUCCAUGAAAUCGGUGCUGCCAGCGCCGUCCUUCUCAAGAACAAGGGUGGGCUUCCUUUGACUGGCACCGAACGGUUUGUCGGUGUUUUCGGAGAGGAUGCCGGAUCCAACCCUUGGGGUGUGAACGGCUGCAGUGACCGAGGCUGCGACAAUGGUACAUUGGCCAUGGGCUGGGGCAGUGGUACUGCUAACUUCCCCUACUUGGUGACGCCGGAGCAGGCGAUCGAGAGAGAAGUCGUGUCCCGAAAUGGAACCUUCACCGCCAUCACGGACAAUGGCGCUCUUGAGCAGAUGGCGGCUGUCGCCUCUCAGGCUGAUGUUUGCCUGGUCUUCGCCAACGCCGACUCCGGAGAAGGCUACAUCAACGUCGACGGCAAUGAGGGUGACCGGAAGAAUCUGACCCUGUGGCAAGGGGCGGAUCAAGUCAUCCACAACGUCACUGCCAACUGCAACAACACCGUCGUGGUGUUGCACACUGUCGGCCCCGUUUUGAUCGAUGAUUGGUAUGACCACCCCAACGUCACUGCCAUUCUCUGGGCUGGUCUUCCGGGCCAGGAGAGCGGUAACUCGCUCGUCGAUGUCCUCUACGGCCGUGUCAACCCUGGCGGAAAGACUCCGUUCACCUGGGGACGGACCCGGGAGGAUUACGGUGCUCCUCUGGUCCUGAAGCCGAACAAUGGCAAGGGCGCCCCGCAGCAGGACUUCACUGAGGGUAUCUUCAUCGACUACCGUCGGUUUGACAAGUACAACAUCACCCCCAUCUACGAAUUCGGAUUCGGUCUGAGCUACACUACCUUUGAGUUUUCUGAGCUCAAUGUGCAGCCUAUCAAUACGCCGCCGUACACUCCCGCUUCUGGCUUCACCAAGGCGGCGCAGUCAUUCGGCCCGUCGUCCAAUGCUUCUGACAACCUGUACCCCAGCGACAUUGAGCGGGUCCCGUUGUACAUCUACCCAUGGCUCAACUCCACCGAUUUGAAGGCGUCCGCCAAUGACCCUGACUAUGGGUUGCCUAACGACAAAUACGUUCCUCCCAACGCCACGAACGGUAACCCGCAGCCCAUUAACCCGGCUGGCGGUGCUCCUGGUGGCAACCCUAGUCUCUAUGAGCCUGUUGCUCGGGUCUCAGCCAUCAUCACCAACACCGGUAAGGUUACGGGUGACGAGGUUCCUCAACUGUAUGUCUCUCUUGGCGGUCCCGAUGAUGCCCCCAAGGUUCUUCGUGGCUUCGACCGUAUCACACUUGCGCCUGGUCAGCAGACCUUGUGGACGACCACCCUGACGAGGCGAGACAUCUCGAACUGGGACCCUGUCACCCAGAACUGGGUUGUGACCAACUACACCAAGACGGUGUAUGUUGGCAACUCCUCCCGCAACCUGCCUUUGCAGGCACCCCUUAAGCCAUAUCCUGGAAUCUAA